UACAGCAAACUCUUCUAGAGCCCACGGGAACAAUGUGCUGUCUGCAAGGAAUUACCCGUUUGGAGCAGAAUGCACGGCACUUUACAAUCAGCAGGGAACGCGGCAUGUUAGAAAAAUUUAGAGCGAAAUAUUCCUGUGACCGAAGAGCAGUUGUGAAAAACAUGUAAUCGACAGAGGAGUUUGAUUGACAGCGAGACUGGGGCUAGUGGGGUUUGAUUGACAGCCGACCCCUGCGCGAGCUGACCCGUUUCCAGUGGCGACUGUGGCUCUGUGAUGUCACGGGAUUCCCCCCUUUGUAACGCUUGGUGGAAAUAGAGUCCCAAUUCCUCUCAGUGCAGCAAGGUGUCCCCCCAGUUCUUCCUAAAUAAGAGCUGGAAACGCCAAAUGCUGGGAAUGCGCAGCGGGUGAGUUAACAUCUGCCAAAAUGACAGUUCAUUUCUGGCGUAUGGCCCCUUGCUUAGAGAACUGUCAUCAAACAAGGUCUUUCAGACUGAAUUUAUGUUCAAGAACCAUGACUCUGACAUCGGAAUUGGAAACAGUUUGGUUUUAAGCAAAUGACAGGAAACCGGGUGGGAAAUUAACAAAAGGGAAAGUCUAUGACUGGAUGGGAAACAGGAGAAGAAGAAUGAUAACACAGUUGGUGGUGCAAAGCCCAUAUGCACUAAAGACAUACAAGUGUCCAGAGACGGAGCGAAUCUCAGAAUGAUGAACAACUGUCAUCUCCUGAACACAAACAGGAGAAAAAUACAAAAAGAGAAAGAAUUAAACAUAUAAAAGAAAAUGUAACAGAGGAUAUGAUUUAAAAAUUUUCAACUCUGCCUUAAAUCCUGAGGUCUAUAAAGUACUCAACCAGAAGGUGAUGCACAGUGUUUUGUAUUUACUGGCUAAAACAUGGCAUCCUCAAGACUGUGUCUCCGUUUGGCUGUAUGUUUGCUGAAUGUUUCUGAAGCUAGACAGCGAGACAUUGUGGAAAGGAUUGCUAAAGCUGCCCUCUGGGAUAAAGCAGGUCAGAAACAAACACAAACAACUGUGUUGAAUAUAUUUUCAGAUUAUGACUAUAACCGAUCUGUCUUAACUCUUGCUGCUCCUGUGGAGACUUUAGGUAAUUCCGUUGUGACAGCAUGCACUGAAGCAUAUGAUUUGAUUGAUAUGGAGCACCAUGAUGGCAUCCAUCCUUGCCUUGGGAGCGUGGAUCUUGUUCCCAUUUACCCCCUAUCAGAGUCUGUUAGCCUGGAAGAAUGUGGCAGAGUGGCUCGAGACAUUGCAGAGAAAUUAUCUCAAGAUGUACCAGAUUGCAGUAUCUUUUAUUUUGGAUAUGCAGAUCAACCUCUCAAACGAAACCUAGUCCAACGCAGGAAGGAGGUGAACUGGUACAAGAGGACCAGUUUGAAUGUGAAUGAAAUAAAGCCAGAUGUUGGAGCUGUGAUUUCUCUUAGAUAUGGUUUGACAGGAAUCGGUGCCAGCCCAUAUGUCAUGAACUGCAACGUGACUAUUGACACACAGGAUCUGACCCUUGGGCAGCAGAUUGCCAAUGCAGUCCGGGGAGCAAAUGUUGGAGGCCUAUGUGGUGUUCAGGCCAUGGCCUUUCCUCAUGAGGGCACUGUGGAGAUAGCCUGCAAUGUCGAGAGUUUUACAGAUGAGACCUCAUCAUCUCUGGCAGCAGAAAGAAAGGAAUGUAUUUCUUACUUUAUUCAGGGGAAAGAAUACUUGUACUUCUCUCCAAGAUCCAUAGAGAGGCAGAUUAAAAAAUUGGCUACCAGCCACGAAGUUGCAACCAUUGGUACAGCUCUGGUUGGGUUCACGCCUCAGCUCUGCAAAAGCUUGGCAGAACAGGCUAUACUGAAAGGGUGUGGAGAAUUCUGGAAGACGCGUCAGACCAUUACAAUGUAGGGAAGGCAUAGGUGUGUGAUUUAUGCCUUUAAGGAAUCAUGCUUAAGAUAACUGUGGGCUGGAUUUUAGGCUCUGCUCCAACCGCACCCCCCCCCAACAUGUUUUCACCAGGAUGGUCAUGUAAAGUCUAUCAAGUGACCAGCCCACUGCCUUCCCAUCCACCUCUGGUCAAUUUCUGAAAAUAUGGGGACAGAGGCGGUCUGGAUAAGGUGCCUACUCGCCAAUACACUCUUAGGCCCAAUGUGCACCUUAAGCGUUGAAUAUUGCCCACUCUAGGCCUUUAAUCCACCUCCAUUGCCAUAAAGCAGUUGACAGUGGCAGGUGGCAGCAGGAGUGAAAAGCCAUUUGCAACUUGGUUGAAAAGGAGGGAAGGAAGGGGGUACAUUAUCUGAGAGGUGCCCUUUUGUCUGUGGGGGAUAUAUCCAAGAAAAUGUGACCCUGCUUUGUUCCGCCCCAUCUGGUCUCCAAAAUCCGAAACCCAGGCAUCCCCACCUCAGCUUGGAAACCCUCCUUACCGUCUCACUCUCUUCUCUCUAUCUCUUUCGCUGGAAAUAAUGUCGUUUUUCUGUCCGGGGUUAUUUGCAGGCUCAGCAUUGCCCACGCCUCAAUUCCAGUACCAUUGGCUACGUGAAAGUUGCCGAUCACUCCUGUUGACCAGAGCUCUUGAGAGUGAGAUUUCCCCUUGAUUGAGGCCCCAAAUGUCGUUGCGGAGGCUGCUGGAACAUGUGAUUGCAGACUGGCCUUAUUUAAAGUCAUUUGGUCUGGAACCAAACUUUUUUUCAAGGAGGUGAGCAGUACAUCCCUGACUCCAAUAAAAUCCAGCCCAAUAUCUCUAACUGCGUAAACAGACCCUGCACACUAUCAUGAAUAUUUUGUGCUUUGUAAUGAUCUGUUGCUGAUGAAUAGGUAGAAAUUCUUAGGUAUGUAUGACAUUGGCCACAAAGAAAUUAUUGGAACAGGAAUAAGCUCCUGUGAGAUAGUAGGCAAACAGUUGAUUUCACAGAAUCUGCCAAUGGCCCUGUUAAGCUAGUCCAUGAGAUUGUAUCAAAGUGGUCCAGGAAGACAAGAAGGGUCCCGACCCGAAACGUCAACUUUCCUGUUCCUCGGAUGCUGCCUACCUUCUGUGUUCCCCCAGAUGUGUGCAGUGUUGUCUCUGACUCCAGCAUCUGUAGUUUUUGAUAUCUCUGACAGGUUUAUUCAUUGGCUUACUUUUUUUAGGACAUACUUCUGAACUUUGACUGAAGGCAUUGACUCAUGCUCAGUGACUGAUCUGCAGGUAUUGAAAACUCCUGGUUUCUCAAGCAAAUGAGAAUUCUGCAUUUGUGAACAUUAGACAUUGUUAGAUGUAGAGAGGUUGUUCCAUGUUGUGGGAGAGUCUAGGACCACAAAAUAUAAUCUCAGAAAAUACCCAGAGAUGAGGAGAAAUUUCUUCUCACAAUGGAUGGUGAAUCUGUGAAAUUCUUUCCUCAGCUGCGGAGUGUUAUUGAAGUGGACCAAGAAGUAUAUGCAAGGCUGAAAUAGACAGAUUUUUAAUUAAGGAAUUAAGGUUUAUGGGCAAAAGGCAGGAAAAUGGAGUUGAGGGUUAUCAGGUCAAUCAUGAUUUCAUUAAAUGGUGGGACAGAUUUGAUGGCUGGAAUGGCCUAAUUACACUGCCAUGCCUUGUCUCCUUAUGGACAAAACGCUAGAUGGGUUGCCAGAUUAUCUAACCAUUUGAGAUUUUACAGCCGAAACCAAUCACAGCCAUGGGUCCUGCUUUGAUCAGGAGCAGGAAUGACCCUCCUUUUUUCCAGGAGUCUUAAGGUCAUUUAUAGCUGCCACACAGGAUUUAAACCUGUCGUUGUCUGGAUCACUCUGUGGAAAAUGUUUACUUAAUAGGAAAACUUGUUUCCCACGUUUUCUGGAUGAGCUUAUAUCUGAUGACGCAGUAAGAAUUAAGAGCUCUGGAGAUACACAUACUGUUGUUGCCAGUGAACACAAACUUACGUUAUAUUAUUUCUGUAUGUUGUUACUACGGUGAUCUAAGAACUUUCCAUUAGAUGGCCAGGUGCAUUCUAUAAUCCACCAUUAAAAUUUAAGGAGUGAAAACCCAGGCUUUCUUGAAAAGAGGAGGAAUAAUGUUGUUCAUCCAAGUAGUUCCCCUCGGUUAUGGCACAGGAAAAAUGUCAUUUGAAAGAGAGCCACUUAAUGUUACUAGACCUAGAGAUAAGGAUGUCUGCUCUGUGCUGUUCAGCUGUGGUAAGGACAGAAAGAGGCUGAGCUGAGAUUUAGGACGCCCAGUUUAACUGUUUGUGAAGCUGUGUACCUGCCACAAUCUCAUUUGCUGAUCAGACGAGCCAGAACUACUUGAGGCACAGUCUUAUUUCCUCUUGCUUGCUCAUGGGAUAAGAAUGGAUACAGAAACGUCUUUGAAGUGUCACUCAUGGUUAGUAUUCCCAUCAGUAUGUAAGAAUCCAUCUGACUAUUCAUAGGACUGUGGACUUAUAUCUUUCAUUGUAGCUUGUACGUAAUAAUGUGUGACCUAUUAUGCAUAGUAUCUGGAAGGACAGAGAUGAAUAAACUUCUCAAUUUUGAGGUACACCACUUAGCAGGGAAGAGGACAUAAAUGUGUUACAGGAUUUAAAACAAAUGACGAGGAGAAUGAAACCCAUGCCAUGAAAUAGCAAGGAAAGAAAUCCAUUCCCCAGUGUUUGCACCUGUUUGUUGCAGACAAAAUGAUUUGAUUUUUCAUUUUGCUUCAGCCAUGUGAAUGAUUAAUUUACGAAUAAAUUCUUAUCCAGCCAACCUGCCUCAUGAUGUAAUGGUUCAAUGCUCACGUUUCAUAACUUGCAAUGUGAAUGUGGCAUGUAUGCGUGGAAAGGGUGUGGA